AUGCUCCACGUCCUCCCGAAGAUCUCCCUGCUACUCCUUUCCCUAUUGAUUUAUGAACUGGACGGAAGGGAGGCCGUGUCGAACACGAAGUAUGCUUGUAACGCAGGAUAUGCGAUCGACACAGACAAGCACCCAGUGUGCAAGGUUGGAUACCCUCAAACAAAAAAGUAUAAAUGCUCACCAGAAAGUUGUAAGGGUGACGAUGGUGACCGUGCGCCCUUCGUUAGGAUGGAUUCCUGCCAGCUCAUUACUUCUAAUGGUGGGACGGACGGCGGAGACCUUGAGGAAGAUUGUUUGCAAUAUGAUUUCGACGAGGCACAGAGAAAUUUUAAUUGUGGCACCAGCGACCUAACAUCCUAUGCUUGCUAUGAGUCCCCUUUUAGUAUAAAACCCAUUGUAUGCACCGAUUGUAAAAUCAUGAAAUAG